UAGGAACGCUUGAAUUCACUUUCUUGCUCUUCACUUCUUCGUUGUCAGAAAGAAUUUUCAAGGUAUGUCAAUGGAUUUCAUCAACGGCUUACCUCCUGGCUUCCGCUUCGGUCCUACUGCGGAGGACCUCUUGCACUUUUAUCUCCCACGAAGGCUGAAGGGCCAACUCUUCCGCCCUUUCGUACAAGACGUCGAUAUUUACGGUAAUGAACCUUGGACUCUCUUUGAUUAUAAUCAGCACUCCAUCUUUUAUUCAUUCUGUGAUUUGAAGAAAAUUGGAAAACGGGUUCAAAGAAGAGCCGGGUCUGGAACCUGGAUGGGGCAGGGCAACAUUGAGGUUAAUGAUCGAUACGGUAAUAUAAUUGGGGUUGAUCGCUUCUUUAAUUUUAAGAUAAAGGGAGCUUCUCACGAUGACCAUGGUCGAUGGACCAUGCACGAAUUUGCUCCUGUUGAUGAACGCGGAUACCCACUGGACGACAAGGUUGUUUGUGUAAUCGGACACGAUACGCAAAUCUCGACCAAACAAUCUGUCGUUCCGAAGAAAAGAAAAGAAAGAAUGACUUUUCAGACUGAUGAAGAGACCUCUACCAAGAAACAAUGCAUGGAAACCUCUUCUCCCUCUUCUGAUUUGGUAGUCUCAGUAGAGGCACAGUCAGCCACACAGCAGAUUGAUGGGUUGCUCCUUUCUGAUCUAUUUGACCCGAUGCACAUGUUACAGGGCACCCAACUCGGUGAUGAGAGACAAUCAAUGGAAACCUCUUCCCCUUCCUCUGCUUUGAAAGUCUCAGAGCCACAGUCGACAGAGCAGAUUGAUGGGUCGCUCCGUUUUGAUCCGUUCGACGUGUUGCAGGGCACCCACUCCUCCAGUUUGAUACCCUCAGAGGCAGAGGCACAACCAUCCUUGGAAUUCGAUGAUGAAGGAGAGCUGUGGGUCUGUUUGGAUGAUUUCUACCCUAAAAGCUAGUAAAUCACGCGGACGUCUGGUUCUGAAAACUCUUUGAACAUAGAAUUAUUGAUUUUUUGUUAGCUAUUGAGAAUUUGAGAUUUCUUAGUUAGAGCAAUUAAAUGCUAAUCACUCAAUUGUAAAUAAAAGCA